UCUGCUGCUUUGUGUUGUCAGUCGCAUUCUCAUAGGCGUUGUCAUGUUGGAAACAGAAAAGCUCACCGCUGUGUUCUUCAUCGAACUUAAUUGGACGCUGUGGGGAAUCUAUCUUUCAACAGAUAAGAAGGAUCCGAUGAGUAGAGCAAUUUGAAUUCAUCAUCCAAUUCCUCGAGGUCUUCGGCUAGAGAAGCAGUGGAAGGAUCCCAAGCGACGCCAGAGAAGCUAGCAAUUAUUAUAAUUGUGUGUUCAACCAAUAAAUGUUUCGGCACCUACAGGUAACCAACCAUCUCAUGUUGCGCACAGCCCAUUUCCAGCUGUACCCGUCCCCACCUCGUCCGUCCAAUUGACAGCAUCACCCCAACCAAUCCCAGUCUAUCCUCCUCCUCUUCAUCUUCUUCCCUCUGUACUUCAAUUUAUUUAUUGUGCCUCCUCUGAGCCCUAAACCGCUAGUGCUUCAUAAAGUUCCUCCUUAGUUAAUGAGUAUGGCGAAAUCCUUGUUUGUGAUGACCAUGGGCCAGUUGAGCUACUUGGUGGGUGUACCCCUUCUCUCACCGGUAGCCAAAACUAAGGUUCAUGUUUCAUAUAAUUGGACAAUCUGUAAUCAUUGACAUAUGCACUUGGAUAAUGGGUGAUGCGUGAUGAGUGUAUCCAACAAGGUUUUGCAUACCAAACAGAGUAUUAGAAGUAUACACAUAAACAAAUUUCAGGUACAUGGACAUGUAAACAUCAACCAAACCCAGUUUUUAUUUAGCCGUGCCAUCAACAAAUGUACUAAACAUAGCUUUUUAUUAGUCGGUAGCAGAGAGAGAGAGAGAGAGAGAGAGCAGGGGAGAGAGUCAGAGGGAGCAGGGGGGCGGAGGAUUUGGAGAUGGAUCCCUGCCCGUUCGUUCGGCUGAUCGUGGAAUCUCUUGCGUUAAAGUUGCCGACGAUGGCGAAGCCGGUUGGGCCCGGCGUCCACCCCUCCGCCACCCCAUGCUUCUGCACCGUCCAACUCCAAGACCGCCCUUCCUCCUACUGCUCGGUCCCUCUCCCUCUCGCCGUCGAUCCCACCUCGAGCACCAACUUAAUAGAUGCACCAACCUCCUCCUCAUCCUCCUCUCCGGUCAUCAUUAGUGUCGAACCAGCCGCGUGGCAGCGGUCAUCGGGCAAGCGGGCAAGCUUGGAAGUGUCCGUGUACGUGGGCCGGACUGGGAGCACGUGCGGGUUUAGCUCCGGCCGGUUGCUCGGCCGAGUCAGGGUGGCGGUGGACCUCGAGACGGCGGCCACGCGGGCGGCGGUCGUGCAGAGCGGGUGGGUCAGCAUGGGAAGCCAGACGUCGGCGGCGCGGCUCCACCUGGUGGUGCGGACGGAGCCAGAUCCGAGGUUCGUGUUCCAGUUCGGAGGCGAGCCGGAGUGCAGCCCGGUGGUGUACCAGAUCCAAGGAAAGUGUGCCAGCGGCCAGAGUGGGUGUGUUCGCCAGCCGGUGUUCAGUUGCCGCUUCACCGCCGACCGCCGGCGGACCACCAUAUCCCGCUCACUGCCAACCAAAAGAAGCUUCAAAAGAUGCUUAUCCUUCGGCGGAGAAAGAGACCACGAGAUCAGGUGGGAGCAACGCAAGGGCUGGACUGUGACGAUUCACGACCUCUCUGGAUCCCCAGUGGCUGCCGCGUCGAUCGUUACCCCCUUCGUCCCCUCCCCCGGCUCGGACCGCGUCUCUCGGUCGAACCCCGGCGCAUGGCUCAUCCUCCAUGCCAUCGGCCCCUCCACGACCAACUGGAAGCCGUGGGGACGGCUGGAGGCCUGGCGCGAGAGAGGCCCGGCCGACGCCCUGGGCCUCAGGUUCGAGCUGGUGACGGACGCCGGACCCAACAGCGGACUCCCCAUUGCCGAGUCGUCCCUCAGCGUCCGCAAAGGCGGCGAGUUCUGCAUCGACCCAACCGUCGUCGCGGGGGCCGUCAUGCCGGGCUCGUGGCCCUUCGUCGGAGGUUUCGUCAUGGCGGCAGCGGUGGAAGGCCAAGGGAAGGCCAGUAAGCCAACAGUUCAAGUUGGGUUGCAACACGUAUCGUGCAUGGCCGACGUCGCGCUUUUCAUAGCGUUGUCAGCGGCCAUCGAUCUUAGCAUGGAUGCGUGUCAGUCGUUCUCGCAGAAGCUAAGGAGCGAGCUCUGCCCAGACCAGCAAGAGUAUAAUAGCCUUUGAGGCUUCCAUGAAUAAGGAAGCUUUUCCUUCUUGCCAAGUGAUGAUCUAACGCAUGUUUGUGUUCUCUGUACAUUUGUUUGCUGUGUUGAUUGCUUUACGAUUGUCACUGUACAAGGACAAGGAAGACAUCGAUCUUUUGAGCACCUCCGUUUUGUCCAUCCAAAGGAGCGUAAUAAUAAGAGUGUUUCAACUAAAAAACACA